GUCGACUGCUCCCCAACUCUCUUCUCUUGAUUUCCUCCACUAUGGGUGGAAGGUUUGAAUCCUGGAGGUGGGGGGGGGGUGUCUCCGUUUGGAGUUUGGGAAACUGUGAGGUGAUUUUGAGGGGCAAUGGUUUGUUUGGGGUGUAUAACUGUGUUUCAAACUGUGUGACGUGUAUAAUUUGUGUGCUAUGCUCGACUUGAAGAAAUUUCUACAGAUAGGAAGUUAGAUAGCUAGAGUCAUAGCUUUCCCUGGGCCUGGGCUGAGAAGCGUGCGUGAGGUCCCGGUGCUGGACGUUCGGGCUGGCGACUCAUCUGUGUCCCAUUGCCCGCUCACGCUCCGCCGCCGCCUCCGCCCCCUCCCCUGGACAAAUCUCCACCCCAAACUCCAGGCGGGAGGAUUGUGGAGAUGAUGUGGUUUGGAGGAUGGUGUCUUUGCAUCCCGAAGUAGAUAGAUAGGUGGGAAAAGAAAAGUGUUUCUUAAUAUUUUAUUCCGGAACCGUGUUUUGGUUACACUAUUGGGGCUACUUUGAAAGGCGUCCUCCACCCACCUUCACCCCAAAACAAAUGCUAAAUAACGCUGAUCAUCUCUGGAAAGGAUAUUGAUCCGCCUCAUGUAAAGUAUGCUCAGUUCCUUUCCAGUGGUUUUGCUGGAAACCAUGUCUCACUAUACAGAUGAACCCAGAUUUACCAUAGAGCAGAUAGAUCUGCUUCAGCGCCUUCGGCGUACUGGAAUGACUAAACAUGAAAUUCUCCAUGCCUUGGAAACUUUGGACCGUCUUGAUCAAGAGCAUAGUGACAAAUUUGGAAGAAGGUCCAGCUAUGGAGGAAGUUCAUAUGGGAACAGUACCAACAAUGUCCCAGCAUCUUCCUCUACGGCUACAGCUUCAACGCAGACCCAGCAUUCGGGAAUGUCCCCAUCACCUAGCAACAGUUAUGAUACCUCCCCACAGCCUUGCACUACCAAUCAGAAUGGGAGAGAGAAUAAUGAGCGAUUGUCCACAUCCAAUGGAAAGAUGUCGCCAACUCGCUACCAUGCAAACAGCAUGGGUCAGAGGUCAUACAGUUUUGAAGCCUCAGAAGAGGACCUAGAUGUAGAUGAUAAAGUGGAGGAAUUAAUGAGGAGGGACAGCAGUGUGAUAAAAGAGGAAAUCAAAGCCUUUCUUGCCAAUCGGAGGAUUUCCCAAGCAGUUGUUGCACAGGUAACAGGUAUCAGUCAGAGCCGCAUCUCUCAUUGGCUGUUGCAGCAGGGAUCAGACCUGAGUGAACAGAAGAAAAGAGCAUUUUACCGAUGGUAUCAACUUGAGAAGACAAACCCUGGGGCUACACUAAGUAUGAGACCAGCCCCUAUUCCAAUAGAGGACCCUGAAUGGAGACAAACACCUCCCCCAGUCUCUGCUACAUCUGGGACCUUCCGACUAAGACGAGGGAGUCGAUUUACCUGGAGAAAGGAGUGCUUGGCUGUGAUGGAAAGUUACUUCAAUGAGAAUCAAUACCCAGAUGAAGCAAAGAGAGAAGAAAUUGCUAAUGCUUGCAAUGCAGUUAUACAGAAGCCAGGCAAAAAACUGUCAGAUCUGGAACGAGUUACCUCCCUGAAAGUGUAUAACUGGUUUGCUAACAGGCGGAAGGAGAUCAAGAGGAGAGCCAAUAUCGAAGCAGCAAUCCUGGAGAGUCAUGGGAUCGAUGUACAGAGCCCAGGAGGCCAUUCCAACAGUGACGACGUCGACGGGAACGACUAUUCCGAGCAGGAUGACAGCACGAGCCAUAGUGACCACCAAGACCCCAUCUCAUUAGCUGUGGAAAUGGCAGCAGUCAACCACACUAUCUUGGCAUUGGCCCGACAAGGAGCCAACGAAAUCAAGACAGAGGCCCUGGACGAUGACUGAUCAGGGAGGUUAAACACGACAAGUUAACUUAGUUUAGAUGUAGCACCUUAGCAGACUUUCCUCGGUCCUUAACAUGUGUUCUUACAGUAUAACUUGCAGUUUCUUGUAUGUCAGGUAUCCGUUAGGGUCUUGUUCUGUGAAGAUGGCAUGGUGCCCUCAGCCUUUGCAUAUACUCUCUCAGUAUUAAUUCCCAGUAAAUAAUAACCAACCAACCAACCUUCCCCCUCCCAGCCCCUGAGGCUAGAAAAUCUUGCUGCUCCGUCUUAGCAUUCCAAGAAAGUGCUUCCAGGUAUUUAGAUAGCCCUCAGUUCUCAGAUAUUAGGCUACGUGUAAAAUCUUGGGUACCUUAGAUUCAUGUAACACUAGUCUGUACCCUGUUUUCCUUCCCCAAGACUGAUAGGAUGCAAGCUGAGGUAGUGUCGCAGGAAUGACAGACACCGUGUGGGGAGUCUCUACAGAGUCAAAGGAACACUAGAAUCCCCACCUCAGCGUGAGGAUAAUUGAUUUCCAGCUGCAAUAAGCCGUGCCUCCUUAUAGUCACACUGUGGCUAGAUUACACUUCUCUGGGUGCUGUGCUAAGAAUGUCAAUGGAAAAACUCGAUCUCAGAUUUUGGUGGUGGUUAACAUGCCUGACAGACAUCCUUUCCUCUCACAAGCUGUGUGACUUAGUAGAUAAAAAUACUGCCUUCUGCCUUUGGGACCAUAAUUAAAAACAAAACAAAAAAAGACAAAAAAACAAAAGUUAAAAAAAAAUAACCCAGCUUGAGAGCAUUGGAAAAAAAACAUGAGCUGAAUGUCUAAUGGAUGCUCGGUCCAGGUCUCAGAACCACUGCACAUCCGCGGCACAGGCGCCGGUGCCGGUCUGGAGGUCGUCAUGGAAGUUGCUUUGCCUCCUGUUGGUGCCCCUUUUCCCUGCUACCAAAAAUGGUCUUUCAAGGAUGGAGAUAAGGUCAAAAAUAAGCAAAAUAACUUACAGGCUUUUAUCCAUUAACUGAAGCCCCCUCCCUCUGAGAGGUUGAUAGAGGACUUUGUGGUGGGAUUGUGCUGUCACUGAUGCAAACACUUGCCCGAAUAGGAGCAGGACAAAGCAGGGGACAUGUACCACUUACGCUGUGGCUGUGUGAGGUACAACAGGACGUGACUGCUUUGGUGUUCUCUUUACUCUGUCCUUGUAGAGGUGUGAAAAGCUGUAUUGCUACAGGCAAUUUACUUAAUAAUUGGAAGCCAUAUUGAUAAUGGAUGUGGUAAUAUUUGUAAAGUUUAAUCUACUUUAAGCGGCAGUAACUAAUGGAAUUUUUUUCCUUGAUCACAUAUAUGUAGCACUUUUGUUACUUUUUAAAGAUAUUUAUAUUUGAUAAAUCUUUUUUUCAUUUUGAGAACUCAGAAUACCAAACAGUGAACCUGCGUUAUAAAGUCACCCUGUGAUCACCUUGUCAUCUAGUAGCAAGGAUGAUGAACUAUUCAUGCAUCAAAGAAAAUUACAUCUGCUGGCCUUGUAUGAAAAUGAUCUCUUGGCAUCCCGAUUAAAUGACACACUGUCACUGUGGGUAAGAGGAAACAGCCUUCACUGUAGCAGCGUAUGGUGCGUCUGAAAGAGGCACGACUGCUGUGUAUCUUCUGCCUCAUUCCAUCUGUGUGUGUGUAAUGAAGCCUUGUUUGAAGGGGAACCUGGGAAACAGGGCUUCUGUCUUUCUGUCCAUUACCUGAAAACAAUUACUAAGAUAGAAGGUGCCAUUUUCUUACCUCUUCACCCUUCCUCUUCCACCAAAUGUAUUCAACUUAAAACUGUAGAGAGAGAGACUUACUGACCUUCCUUGAUUUCCCCUUUCUCAUUCGUGACAUAUUGAAUAUCCGCUGGUUUCUCCACGUAAGGCACACACUGACGACAUCAUCUUCUUAUCUGUUAAUCCUGCUUAUGUAAGUGUGAGGAAAAGUCUUUGAGAGGGCAUGAAAGUGCCACCUCAUAUAUGUCUGUGACUUUAAAGAGCGAUAUGCAGGGCAUGGUCCUGCUCUUAUCCAUGGAUUUCAGGAGGAAGAAAAAUGUAUGUAACUUUUUCCAGCUUCUAAGAAUUGAAGUAAAACAGAGCAUCUUCUCUGUUUUGCUGUUUUACUUGAACCAACAAAAAAAUUCAAGAGUAGCAUUUGUUAUUCUCAGGAAUAACCCCACCCUCCCCCUGCUCAUAUUCCUUCUUGGUUUAUUUGACUUAUUUCAGUUAGGAGAUUGUGAUACCUUUCUUUCAUUUUACUUAGAAGAAAUAUAACAUUUUGUCUUUCCAUUUUGGUAGAAUUUUGUCUGGCUUAUUCUUGGUUGAAUCAGAAUAAGGAGAGAAAAAAUACACUCUCUGACAAGCCACAUCCAUGAUUUAUUGUAAGGAGAUUAUUAUAAUUGAUAGCUUCUUUAUGGCGGGAUUGCUACUAUCAUUUGUUCUUGCUGGUCUUUUUAAAGGAACAGAUUCAAACUGUGAAGACAGCUGCCGUUUCUAAAGAAAUACAGUGAUUGCCAUAGAAGAGCUAACGGGUUUCAUUGUUUUAAGACCUUUGUGGAGGAAAAAAGGCUUCAGAGAACAAAGGGAGUUCACAUCCUUGACGGGCAGUACCAGGGCCGAUCUGGCAACUGGUGAAACUGAAAGACCAUUUGCACCAACAGAGGACAGCCUCGUGCUGAACUCAGUGUGCACAGGAGGAAAGAGUCUUGCACCCAUAGCCCUUGUCGUCUGGGAAGACUGCUGGCCUGAAGACCCGCUGCCUUACAUAUAACUUCCUUUUCACCAAGAGUAAGACUUGACUUCCCUUGGGUCUAGAUUUAAAUCUACCAUUGGUUUUCCGUUUGUCACCAGGGCCAAUUCUGCUAUCUUGUCCAGGCCGCCUUAGUUCUUAUACCGGCAAAUGGAACUGCCACUGUUUCAUUUCUGAUACCUUUGGAUAGUAAACUUCUUUCUUAAGCUUUUUCAGGUUUAGAGAUAGUAUUAAAAUAGAACUGCUAAGCUGCUCUGUCACUGAAGGGAAAGAGCCAGGCUCCUUAAACUCGCCCGCCGUGCUUGCUGGUUGUUCUGUCCCUCUCCUCUCAGUCCAUUCUGAGGGCUCUGUCGGGCUCUUUCUUCUUGGUUGAGGAAGACUUUUAAACAUCUUUUAAAAGUGUGGUGGGGGGAACUUGCCAACAGAUAUUCAUGUAACUUGUUUAUUUUUUUAAAGACAUUGUAAUUGAAUUCCUGUGGUCGGUUGGGUAAGCUUCCCACCCUUUUAAAAACAUCUUGCAUAGGGAACUUUUAAAGACGGAUCAUCUUAACGAGAUGUCCGCCAGUCUGCUGACAAUCCUAACAUCAAGUGGCAGCAGGGGAGGGCAGUGCAGUGUGUUCUUAUCUGUACUUUCUAGUGCUAUUCAGUACCAGGUAGACAUUUUGUUAUUUCAGCAAAGUCUGUAUUGUUAGAGUGCCCCUUAAGGCAGUUUUCUGCACAGUCCCAAUCCUGUAAGUGGUUGAUAAGUACAGUUACCUCCCUGUGGACACUAGCCAUUCUAUGGGACACCCCCCAACACAUACAUUCCCAUGGCCCUUCACAGGAAGGAAUGUGGGGCAGGGAGGCACAGAUGAUGACACCACCACCACCACCGCUACCUUUCAUCCCAGCUCAGAUGUGACCACCUAAAAAGACAUGAAGAAAAUCAUUAGGACCGAAGUAUACAAAUCUAGUAUAAAUCUACUUCCUGGUAGAGUUAUGUUGACAGUUACGUGAUCAACAGCACCUAUGUUAAGUCCAGAUUUCCAGUUAUAUUUUUACCUCAAAGGGAUAACUAUGAAGAAUUCACAGUUGUUUCAUUUCUCCAUUUGGCCUUUAAGAAAUGUUGGCUUUAGAAACUUCUCUUUUGGAUACCGUCAGGCACCAGAUAUACAUACUUAAUCAGGAAAUCUCCAGCCUUGUCCUCUGUCAUUUUCCUCUAUCCUUGUCUUGAGUGGAUUUCUUUGCUGGAAUUUUUUUAUAACGUGACAGCAGGCAGUAGCUGGGUGUGGUUCAUCUCGUGACACAAACACUCCUUCCUGUCUUGACCAGCUACAUAUUCCACUGACCAGCUAUAUUAUCUGUGCCCACAACCGUGGAAAAUAAUCCCUUUUUCACAAGUGAUUCUCCCACCCCAUCCUAAAAAUGUGAACUUCAAGUCCUUACUCUCUUUGAUCUUAAGGGUUUGGUUAGAAGCAGUCUUCCUGUCUAACUCAUGGCUCUGCCUUUUUAAAUUGCUUUUUGUCUUUUGUUGUUCAACAACAACCAGAGUAUUUUCUCCCCAGUGAGUCUCAACAGAUUCUUAGGCAAUAAUUUUCCUUAUUCUUGAUGAUCUUAUAAGGCCUGACCCUCCACAUUAUACGUUGGUUUCUGUGUUAAUCUCUGUGACUUAAAUCUUAUGUCAGAGUGGUGAUAGAUUUUGUCAUUUUGUUGUUGUGAUUAUUGGUAAUGUUUUACUACUGUAUUCACUCGGGCUGUGUUGAGACCAGCCAAAUCCAUUUAUAGCUUUACUGAGCCAGAUUUAUUUUUCAAGAUUUCCCAAUUGAAAGUUGGGCACAUUGUCUUUCAGAGGGUGGGAGUGUGCAGUAGGUUUUGCACUGCGGCAGGGGUGGGAAUUACACGUAUAAGCAUUCCCCUUUUUUGUGCUCUUUUAAAUAGCAAGGAAGUUUACUCAGGAUUUGGGGAUCAGUUGUCAGCCAUAUUUAAUUUGGCAAACUGAGCUCCAUGCCCUGAAAUCCCUCGUUUCUCCACUUACGUCACCAGGAAUAACUGCGUUGUCCAGUGUGAAGGUAUCGCCGCCUGAUGAGAGUAGGAGGCAACUGUGAAUGGCCAGGUUAUCUCUGAGGGUUUCAUGGUAGCUUGCUGUCGAAGCAGGGCCCUUUCUUCUGUAAUGUGGUCUCCUACAUCUUGCACUCUUGGUUUCAAAGAUGACUAUCACUUAAGUAGAGCGAUUUCCUUACCGCUCUCAAGAGAACUACCAUACUAAGUUGGUAAAGGCUUUUGGGACACAAGUCAGUUUUCUGACUACAGAAACUCCUGUGUCACAGACAGGUAUGUGUGAGUAAGGCUGUUCUUAAUUCUCUUUAUGUACAGACUGAAGUGAUGAGCCGCUGCUCUUGACAGGCCAGUGGCUGACUCACUUAUCUCUGAAAUGCAACUUUGUUCAUAUCUACAUUCCUUCAGAACCUGGAAGUUUGUAAACUGAAAAGUUUCCAUAUUAGCUUCAUUAUUCUUUCUUGGCAGGGAUGAGAGCGAGCAGCAAAAUGAAAGCGAACGGUCCAACAAAUCUGCUCUCCUAUAACACUAGUUUGCCUUUGUGAUCGAGAAGUGAAGAGAGUGAGGGAAAUUGGCCACAUGCCCCUUCUUACCUCACUGACUUAGUAGGUGCCUUGGAAUGACAAACACAUGUAUCUCUGAACUUCUUUAUCAUUCUUCCUAUCACAUUGGGGCAGAACUAGUUGAUCCAUUCAAGUGAAAUCUGACUAGUAUUUUCACACCACUUGACAGUUUACCACAUGCACGUUGCACACCCAUUAUCUCACUGGCCAGCGCUCUGAUGACACACAGGAGGAUACAUCUGCAAGGGAGCCUGCCUUUCUCCUCUCCUGAUGCCCCUUUUACAAGGCAGGUUUUAGGAUUGAUUGGCCCCAUUCGAGGUCCAAGCCCCUCGGGGCUGUAGGCAGCGUGUGCACACAGCUCAGCUCACACUUGAGCAGUCUUAGGAUGCUAGCUCCCUUGACUCCAUUUUCAUUUUCCUUUAAAUAAGAGUGGCUCUAUACAGCCGUAAUUACCUCUCAGAUUCACAUUGGUGUGCAGCGAUCAAACGAAGGUUUGGCUGAAUCUUUUCAAAUUGUAACCAUGGUAAUUGAGGGGGGUGGCAUAGAAUGAAUAUAUAAAAAUAUAAUGGCAAUUGUUCUGAAUGACUGAGUGUCCUCCUGACAUGUAAUUAGCUGUUUUAGCAGGAUGCAGAUUGGCAUGGUCAUAAUUAAAAGGAUUUCUGUCCUUUAUGUGAUUAGAAAUGGCAGAGCUCCCCUCCCCUGUUCCCUUUUAGCACUAAUGCUCUCGAGAACAUUUGGAACAGCAACUCGGUAAACUAAAAUAAUGACAUGGUACUCAUGUUCUCCCUUAAGUGAAAGAGAAGGAUUUGGAGUUAUUUCAGCUUCAAAAUGGAAGCCUUUGAUUAUUGUUCCCAUUUGACUUCUAAAUUAUUUGAGACUUCACUCACAUCCUGUUUCUACCUGCUCCACCUCCACAGUCAGAAUCCCAAACCUCUGACAGGCCUCUUGGUCACUCCGUCCCAUGGCCAGUCAGCUCGGAGACCUUGUUGGCCUAACCUGAGGACAUCUGCAUCGCCAUCAGAAAGUAUUUACUGGACAGGAGUUUUCAGAGUUGAACAGGGUUUUCCUCACUGAAUCCCAAGAUGCAGACCACAGCACAACAGGAACACACCCUGGCUGCCCGGUGGGACGCUCUCCCUGCCGAAGAUGCCAAGACGUCAUAGCUGCCUCCCCUGGAAGAGCCCACAGCCUUCUCUGACCUCCUCACGGGCUCGCCCUCCCUUCCACGGCCAUGGUCACGUUGGAUAUGCAGUACCUGUCAAGGAUAAAUUUUUAUUUAUGUUUUUUAAGUGCCUAAGCAAGUUACAGACCUCUGGAACCUGCCAGAGAGUCGGCCUGUGCCCUGUCCCGUCCCUCCCCGCCCUGCACUCGGCUCUCCGGGGAGGGCACAGGGUGGCUGCUCCUCUCCAGUGUCCCUGGCGUUCUGCAGGCAGAACCACCGCGAGGGCAGGCAAGCGGGGGGAUCUCUUCACGGCCACUUCAGGCUGGCUUUGUCACUGUUUUCCAGUGUUUCUUUUUUUAGAGGUGUUUCUGUUUAUGUGGAUAUGGUCUUGGUUCAUAGAGAAGUUUAAGAGUCUCUUUAGCUACAUCUCAGUGGCUACUGAGUGAAACAGGAGAGCGAGACAGCCUCACAGCAGCAUUCUGUCUCUUGUCAGCAGUGGGAAACGUGUCCAGGCCAAGAGGACAAAGCAUCAAGUAAUCACAGCUAACAAACGUGCUGAUUCACUCGAGAUCGUGAGUCGCUGGAGCCUGGCUGCGUGCUGCGUCCUCUCCCCCUAGAUUGGAGGGAACAGGGUGUCCGCUCACAAGGGCUCUCAUCAGUAGGGUGUUAAGAUCAAAAGUGUGUCUUUAAAAAUGAAUGUGAGAGUUAUUUGUUUGCUUCUUUUUAAAAGUAACUUAAGUCUGACCUAAAUAUGGGGCCUUUAUUACGUGGUGGGUGUGGGGCAGAUUGUUUUGGGACUGCACUCUGUUCCAGUCACAUCGCUAAGCGGCACUCAGAUGAUUUGCUGGUGCGUUAAAAGGUUUUGCAAAAUGGAACAAUCCAAACCCAGGCACUUUAUUUUCAUUAAUGAUCCAGCAUUUUUGUUCAGACAAUGUAGUGACCCAAACACCGGGUGUUCACAUCUGACACGUGGGCAGACUUGCCAACAGAAUUCUGAAUUCUGACUUGGGUAGAGCGGGGAGGCACGUACGUACUGCUGUGGUGACAACGCAAACCAGGCUUUUCCGGAGCACGUAACCCCCACUGGACUGUGGCGGUGCCUCGUCACUCAGUUCCCAGAUGCUCUUUGUCACAGGCUCCCCCAAGUGUCCCGUCGUUGCCCUGGUUGUCACUGAAAAGAACGUAAGCGCGGGCAGGGGGCUGCAGUGAGGUGCAGCCCAGGCAGUGGGAAGGGCCCAGUCUCUUCCGCACCCUGGCAAGAGCGAGGUGCUGGGGGUGCCGUUUCUGAACCAUGUGGUCACUGCAGGAUGGGAAAUGGCUGGCGCAGCAGGAGCUAAGGUGGGAAGCAAGUUUAGCCGUCGGGUAGGUCAGACACCAUGGACCAGAUAGAUGCCUUGGGAUUGCCUCAAGUAUUUAGCAUCCACCAAAUAGUCGCGUCUCCAAGACAGGCUGUGCGGGACCCCUGCCAGACGGGCUUGGGGGCAGAGAGCCCCUCCCUGCCGUGGCUGUCGUGUGUCUUAGUCUUUGUGUUUCCCUUUGGCGUCUCCUCUGGUCUCUGUCCCCCAUCCUGUGCACCAUGUGUCCCUGAGGGCGAGUCACACCUGUGUCUGAGUCUGCUGUAAGGUGUUCAGUCUACCUCAAGGGGUCAUCAUGGUCAGCUCUGUCCACAUAGAAUCCUCCGUCCAUUGCCACACACACUGGAAUGUACCCCCUGCCCCUCAGUAACCCCUCGACCCCGUCUUUCCUAUAAUCACCACAAACUCCUAGUGCAAAUUGGAUGCUGCUUUAAAUGUGAAAACAAUUGUUCAAAAGCUAUAAAACCUGAAUGAAAGCUAAAGCUGAAUUUAUAAGCCUUGUUGCAUAUGAGCCAAAAGUGCAAAAAGCUCUAUAUAAUGAACUAACCUGCCACUCGUAUAAAUAUAAAUAUAUAUAAAUAUAUUAAAAUCAGACUGUUCUACAAAAUUGUGUAUUUGUAUUUUUGUGUACGUACAAUUUUCUGCUAAGCAGAAGGAGGAUGUAGUAUAGGAUGCUGUGAGAAGAGAUUUGGUUUAAUCCUAUUUCUUUGUUACUUAUUUUUGUUAACAUCAGAUGCCUGUCUCCGUCUUAUAUGUGUAUGACACUGUUUGGAAAGCUGCAGUAUCUCUCUUCCUUAGAUCCAGAGUCCAUUAAAGAAUGAAAUCUGGGGUGUGGAGAGUUGGCCACUCAACACGGAUAGUGUGAGGGGAGCCUGCGGUAGGGAAACGGCGUCCCCGCUUCAGGCCGGUCAUUGUAUUUUGACUUCCUUCUGGGAAGCAAAAUCCUACUCGUAGAAAUCAGCUUCUAAAACAAAAGCUUUUCCAAUCUCUCCAGAACAGACUCCCCCUGGGCCCACCAGGAAGGGACACAGGCGCCCUCUGUACUUAGGAACAGGAGGACCUCCUGUUUCUGGGCCAGAUGUGUGUCCGGACGGCAGCAGGCGCUCCGCCUGGCCGAGGUGCCAGCUCACUGUCUGUCCCUGGGCUCGUCUCCCUUCUCAGAGUAGUCGCUGCCUUUCUUCAGAUCAGGUUACCAAAUCCUCCCUCUGCUGCGCUGCUGACGCUGCACCACCCAGACCUCCAGCCCCAGGUUCCUGGAGCAUCUCAGAACCCACUUUGCCGGUGCUAAAUCACGAGAGGGGGUUAAAGUGGCUGCCACUAGUGGCCAGAAACCAACCCGCCAGAGGCCAGGCCGAAAGACGCGCUCCAGGUGCCCAGGGGCUGGCGGGCGUCCCACUGCCACCCGCCACCCCUCAGCCCCACAACGUCCCUCUUGCCGGGAAGCUUCCCUAGGGAGAGGGAUACUGCACCUUCCCCGUAGGACUCAUAUUUAUAACAGUGUGUAACGACUGUAGCAAAAAGCCCUUGUUUCUAGAUGUAAAUGGUCAAAGAAACAAGUGCUCUAUCGUAUUGAUUAACUAGUCUGAUGAGUCCUGUAUCAUUGUCUCUCCUAUUCUGGAUUAGUGCCUUUUGGACAGUAGACUGUUCUGUAAUUAAAAUGUAGUAUACUGCUUUUUUGUACAGUUUUGUUUUAAUAAAACUUUUUUUUAAUUUGUGUUUAUUUUAGUAUUGUACCUAUUAGAGAAUAAAAUGUAUAACUGAA